AGACUCUAGGUCCAUCCACCUCACUACAAAUAACUCAAUUUCGUUUCUUUUUAUGGCUGAGUAAUACUCCAUUGUAUACAUGUGCCACAGGCAGGCGGAUUCUUAACCACUGCAUCACCGGGGGAGCCCAAGUAAAGUUAAAGUAGGGUACACACAAAUUCUAUGGAACACUCUGCAGCUAUUAAAAAGGGUAAGAGAGUCUACAACUAUUUGAAAAGAAAAAAAAUAGCUUUACAAAGGAACAGACAGUAUGUGUUUAUUUUAAAAUAUACAUAAUUUUGUUAUAUAUGUCUUCUGGGAGGUUAUAUUCCCAAACUGUAAAUCAUGAGCGUUCUCGGAGAGUGAGAUGGAGAGCCACACUUUUAGUUUUCACUUGAUGUAUCUCUCUAUGUUGUUUGACUUUAUUCAGCUAUCACGUUAACUUUUAAAAUUAAAAAAGAAAAACAGUAAAUGAUAUUUCCAAUCGGGAGAAAAAAAACUCCAAAACAGAGCAGGUAUGCCCCUAACCCUAUCAUUCAUCAAUUCAGUCAACAUAGACAAAUGAGGAAGGCGCUAGGGUCUGACUAGCUCCUGGUCAUGAGGCUGAACAGCAGCUGGGAAAGACUGAGUCCAAAAACAUAGCCACUGGAGUGGGUAAAGCAACCUCAAGGCUCGUCAGUUUUCCACAGCAGUCAGGUUCACUAUGUGACACCUUGAAGAUAUCAUUCAUUUAUUCCUUCAUUUCUUUCAUUUCUCCACUUAUCCAUCAAGGCUUUAGUGAAUACCCAGGCUUGGUGCAGGGUAAUGGUGGGAAGAGAGAAAGAAGUCUGACUUCUUUCCCUGUCCUCAAGCUUACAGGGAGGGAACAGGAAGUAGGUUAUAAAGAAAUGAGUACAGAGAGUACAACUGGUUCAAUUUAUUGAACACCUGCUACAGGACAUACAACAGCUCUCAAGACAGGGUUUGUCUCCAUUUUACAGAAAAGGAAACAGGCUGUGAUGAAAUUUUAUUCAAAGUACAGUGGGGGCAUAUAUCAAUUAGUUAUUGUUAUAUAACAAACCAUCCAAAAACAUGGUGGCUUAAAACAAUAAACAUUUAUUAUUGCUUCUAAGUUUCCGAGUCAGCCAUGUGUUUCUUCUGGUCUUGGCAGAGCUCAUUCAUGUGUUUGCAGUCACAUGUGGGUUGGGUGACUCUCCUGAUUUUGCCUUCAGGUAGGCUGGCUAUAGGCUAGUCUAGGAUGGCCUCACCUGGGAUCACUGGCUCUCUUUUUCACGUAUCUCACCUACACGUUUCUCAUAUCCCUCCAGCAGGCUAACCAUGUUCUCUUGGCACUGGCAAAGAGCACAGGGCAAGUCCUCUCUUUAAGCUUCUAUUUGCUUCACGUUUACCAACAUCCUGUUGGCCAAAGCAAGUCGCAUGGCUGAACCCAGCAUCAGAGUGGAUGGAACUACAAAGUUAGAGGGCAAAAGAGAUGGAUACAGGGGAGACCAUGAUAGGGUUCAUCAAGGGAAUCAAUCUGAUACAGGGCACAAUGAUCAAUUUUAUCUGGAAAGAAAGUCUUCAUCAAAGAGGGUAUACUAGAGCUGAGUACUGAAACAUGAGAGUAUUCACUAAGUAGGCAGCUGUUUCUUAGAACUGGAUGCAGGCUGGUUUGCCACAAUCAAUAGCAACUCAGCAGGAUUUCCUGGGCUCUUUACAGACAGGGUUCUAUUAUUUGUAUCUUGGCUUCAUUCCUUCUGGUCAAGCAUAGGGCAGCAGGCACUCAACAAAUGUGUGAAGAACUGAAUUAAAUAUCUUACUGUGAAUGAGGUGUGGACUGAAAUAGAUGAACCUCGGAGCCAAUUGUUAGAAAGUGCAGCUUAGCAUCAACACCCCCAAAACAGAAAUCCUUGUAUUUGGCAGUUUCUCAUUCAUUCCUCCCACAAACAUUUCCUGAGUGCCUGCUGUAAGCCAGGUUCUGUGUUAGAUGAUGAAUAAGACACAAUACUAGCUCACAGCCUGGGCUGGUGUUUAAAUGGAGAAGACUAAUAACCCUUUCCAACGGGCAAAUUUGUCCAGCUUCUUGGGGCUCCAUUUUUUCUUUAAUAAAUAAAUAAAUGUACUUAUUUAUGUAUUUAUUUAUUUAUGGCUGCAUUGGGUCUUCGUUGCUACACUAGGGCUUUCUUUAGUUGCAUCGAGCAGGGGCUACUCUUUGUUGCAGUGCACAGGCUUCUCAUUGUGGAGGCUUCUCUUGUUGUGGAGCACAGGCUCUAGGCACGUGGGCUUCAGUAGUUGUGGCACACAGGCUCAGUAGUUGUGGUUCGCGGGCUCUAGAGCGCAGGCUCUGUAGUUGUGGCACACAGACCUAGUUGCUCCGCGGCAUGGGGGAUCUUCCUGGACUAGGGCUCAAACCCAUGUCCCCUGCAUCGGCAGGCAGAUUCUUAACCACUGCGCCACCAGAGAAGCCCCGGGGCUCUAUUUUUAAUACUAACUCAUCCAGAAAAAUGCUUCAGGAGCUGGUGCUACACAAAAUCAGAAGUCCUUUGGUACUGCACUGAGGUUCUCUGAUGGUCAAGAUUAAUGGUAAAAAUCCGCCCUUAAAUGUUUUAAGCUAAAAUCCAUGUCCUGUAGUGCUGAACUCUGGGGUCCCAACUUGAGAAAAGUACCCAGUCUUGCUCAGAGGCAUCAAACUUCUUGUGGGUUCUCAAGUGGGACGUGUCCAGGUGAGAAGCAAGCCAGCUUCCUCUAUUUCUACAAAAGAAUAAUGUGUUCUUUGUUGUGUCUGUAGAUUUGAUAUCCAAAGAUUCAGGUCUCCCCAAUCAACAACCCAUGCCCAUCAGGCCAGUCUCACACUUGACAGAGAAUUCAGCUGUGAAGUGACUCAAGCCAGCACUUACCCAAAGCUCAGUUGAGACUGCUGUUUGGUUGUUUUUUUUUUUUUAAUUAAUUAAUUAAUUAAUUUAUGGCUGUGUUGGGUCUUCGUUUCUGUGCGAGGGCUUUCUCUAGUUGUGGCAAGCGGGAGCCACUCUUCAUCGCGGUGCGCGGGCCUCUCACUGUCGCAGCCUCUCCUGUUGCAGAGCACAGGCUCCAGAUGCACAGGCUCAGUAAUUGUGGCUCACGGGCCCAGCCGCUCUGCAGCAUGUGGGAUCUUCCCAGACCUAGGGCUCGAACGCGUGCCCCCUGCAUUGGCAGGCAGAUUCUCAACCACUGCGCCACCAGGGAAGCCCGAGACUGCUGCUUUUUGAGAGGAAGAUGUUCACUUUCCAUUCCUCUAAACCUGUUAAACUCUAUCCUUCAUACAUUAAGUCACCAAAAAAGGAAUUUACCUAGACUGUAUUAAGCUUAAGCUGAAUUAUAAGCUAUCAGGUCCAUGGUUUUGGUUUUUGGUUUUUUUGGCGGUACGCGGGCCUCUCACUGUUGCGGCCUCUCCUGUUGCCGAGCACAGGCUCUGGACGCGCAGGCCCAGCGGCCAUGACUCACAGGCCCAGCCGCUCCGCAGCAUGUGGGAUCCUCCCAGACCGGGGCACAAACCCACGUCCCCUGCAUCAGCAGGCGGACUCUCAACCACUACGACACCAGGGAAGCCCAGGUUCAUGGUUUUUUAAGAUAAAUUCCAUUUUAAGAACAUUUGUGAAUUUCAUAGUCUCUGGAUACAAAUUGUUUCAUUGAAAGAUGAGGACCACAUAUACUAAGGUUUCCACUUUUGCUUUAGCUGCCAGGAAUUUCAGGGAUAAAUAGAGGCAUAGUUUCCUAAUUCCCUGGUUCAUCUCUCUCUCUUCCUUUAUUCUGGCUUCUAAUCUUUCUCUUCCAUGUUUUCAUUUUCUAUGUCUGUACUGUCCAGUAUGGUAGCCUCUAGUCACAAGCGGCUAUUAAGCACUUGACAGGUAGCUUGUCCCAGUUGGGAUGUGCUGUAAGUGUAAAGUAUCUCAAAUUUUAAUAUCAAUUAUAUGUUGAAUGAUAUUUUGGAUAUAUUGGGUUAAAUAAAAUAUAUUAAAUGUAACCUCACCUGUUUCUUUUGACUUCUACUAGAAAAUUUUAAAUUACAUAUGUGGAAAAAAUAUAUUCACGUGGCUCGUAUUUGUGAUGUUCAUUAUAUUUCUGUUGGACAGCUCUGUUCUACAAAUCAUCCUGUUUUAUGAGUGUGUUAUUACCGUAAAAUACCUCAAAUCCUUUUGGAAAGCAAGUAGUAAAUGCAAAGGAGGUGACAGAAGUGGAUGAAGUGAGAAGGGGAGAUUGACUGGGACAUGUAUUUGUCAGUCUAUUUGCCUUUUGUUUGUGUCACAUACAAAACCCCUCCUAAAGUGUGUCAGCUCUCCUUUUCACAGGUGACUGGUGUUCUCAUGGCUCUGCCCAGUCCAAAGAUUCUCAGCUUUAUUUGAGCUAACAAAUUGGAAAGGAUCUGAUAAGACAAUUCACACCACAUUGUAAAUGACUGAUAACAUUGUGUUUACCCCUCUCAGGGGGUAUUUCCAUUUUAACAGGGAACAAUCCCUGAACCCAAAGGAAUGGAUCCCUAAUGGUGGAGUUUCAGGCAUCAGUGACAGGUGAGUGAGAGUGAGGCAGACUCUGGUUUUAUGUGUAUGUAUGUUUACAUAUGUAUGACUACAUUCAGGACGUAGUUGAAAGUAGGGUCUUCAGAUGAAAAGAUAAUGGGGCCGACAGACAAGAUGAGCAGAGAAGGUAGCAAAUCCCCCUCUGCGUCAGACUGCAAAGGGCUGUCAGACACCAAAUCCAGUGCAGGCCCUCAGGGGUUUGUUAAGCAAUAGAAUAGCCCAGUUGAUGUCACCAGAGGGUAGGUAUCAAGACAGCCUUCAUGGCAACUACUAUGGAGUAGCAGAAGGGGCCUCAGAGUAGGAUUCAGAAGACUAGGAUUGCAGUCCACAGCUGACUCACUGGCUUAACUUUGGGCAAGUGCUUUCACCCUGGGGCCUCAGUUUCCUUGGAAAGUAGAAAUGGGUAUUAUAACUAUCAAUGAACUCUAAGGGAUAUGAAGGUGCUCAGAGAAGUAGGAAGUGCCCUACAAAUGCAAGGAAUCAUGAUUGUUAUCUUAAAGUAAAAAUGCAGCCAUGCAAACCUGGAGUAGUGGAGGGUAUAUAGCAGGGGUGGAGAGAUAUGAGGAAACUUGAGGGCCGAACACCAGUCCUUCUCUGUCCUCCCAGGCUGAACCCGGAUUCCCAGGGCCCAUGCUUACACCUGACAAAUGAUGACCUGAGCUAUGAACAAACAGGACUAUAUGAACACUUCAGUGCAAGAGCCCCCUCUUGACUACUCCUUCCGAAGCAUCCACGUGACCCAAGAACUGUUAAGCGAGGAGCCACGGACAGGGUUACGACCACUAAGGCACGCAAAGUCAGGGAAGUCAAUGUCUCAGUCCCUGUGGCUGAACAACAACGUCCUCAAUGACCUGAGAGACUUCAACCACGUGGUUUCACAGCUUCUGGAACAUCCGGAGAACCUGGCCUGGAUUGACCUGUCCUUCAACGACCUGACUUCCAUUGACCCUGUCCUGACAACUUUCUUCAACUUGAGUGUGCUCUACCUCCAUGGCAACAGCAUCCAGCGCCUUGGAGAGGUGAACAAGCUGGCUGUCCUCCCUCGGCUCCGCAGCCUGACACUCCAUGGGAACCCCAUAGAGGAAGAGAAGGGGUAUAGGCAAUAUGUGCUCUGCACCCUGCCCCGUAUCACCACGUUCGACUUCAGUGGGGUCACCAAGGCAGACCGCACAACAGCUGAAGUGUGGAAACGCAUGAACAUCAAACCCAAGAAGGUCUGGAUCAAGCACAAUGCACUCUGAGGUUCCUGGGACCCCAGCAGUCCUAAAGGCCCAGGGAUGGUCAGUUUGGUUUGACAAUAAAUGAUUUGAGCUGUU